CCGCUUCAGAGACCCCUUCUGGAGGGGGUUUUGUGUGAGACCGCCCCCCGAGCUGCUGUUCCCGGGCACCCGCGUCCCAGCAGCGGGGUCGGCUCCGGUCCGCCUGCGGCGGGCAGCACGGAAACUGGGUGCGCGGCAAACGAGCAACCGAAGCCAGGGAAUUUGGGCACUGCAGAUACUGGGUCUGUUAAAUGUCUGGUGUGAUGAAGGGGUGUGAUACCAGUAAAACACAUGAGUGCUAGGCUGAUCCUGGUUUACCUUUAGUAAUUGACUCCUGAUGAUUAAAAAAUAGCUUUCAUUCUGAAGUAAUCCAAAUAAUAGUUAUGACUACCUGUUAUACAAGAACCAAGAGUCAGUAGUGGAAAAUCCUAUGUGGUAAUAAACUAGGCUAAAAUCCAUAACCUUUAAAUAAGUAAUUUAUUUAAAAAGCUGUUCCAAAGUGGAAUGCUAAAGAUUUGAGAGUUAAGAAACUUGGAAAACUUUUGCAUUAUUCCUACUGAAGCUUAACUAAGGUUAAGUUUUAAAUACUCAUCAACCUAGGUCAUGUGUAUUCAGAGCUUUGCUGACUUAGGUGGAAUGUUAGUUUGGGCCCUUCAAUCCCAGUAUGUUUUAAAGGAUGCUCAUCUUAUUACCAGUGUCUGGGCUUCAACUUCCUGCAGCAAGUACAGUUGUACCUGGCUAACACCUGUGUUGAGUACAAGCCUGUGCUUUAAAUGAAGCAUUGUAGAGGUUAGGAAUCUAAAAUUUCUGUCACAGUCAGGGAUAGUGAUACUACCAGAUCAUACAGCCCUGUUAUUGGUAAGGAGCUUUGAAUAAGAUAGGUCCAUCUGUUCCCCGAGAGUUGCCAGGUGGUUCAAAUCAACUCUUCAACCGUAACCUUUGCUCAGUACUUGCUGGGUUACACACACCUGUGGCACUUACAGACUUCCUGGUAGAGACUGUGUCAUUGCCUGUGCUGCUGCCAUGUGAAAUGGGGUUGAAGUCCUUGGUGCAGAGCCUUCUGAGAUGUCUGCCUCUUAACAAUAAUACUUGGAGAUCAGUGAGUCUGUUAGUUGAUCUGCUGUGGACUCCAUUGACUCCCUUUUAAUGGAAGAUUUUAAUCAAAAUGUAGUUAUUGUAAAUAUACGUAACUAGUUGGUAACAUACAAGAUGAAUUUUAUGUUAUCAAAGAACUAGUUUCUUCCACAAGAUGUAAUUUCCAGGGAACUAUUCAGGCAGUUAUUUCUCCAGAUUUAGUUUGCUACUGAAGUAGUCUUGAAUUAAUCUUUUCGCUGUGAGGUUUCAAGCUGGUGUUAACUCUAUUUCUUAAAAUUGUCUGAAAGUAAUGAUUACAACAAACCCAGGAAAGACUGUUUUUAAAGUACUGCUUUUUUUGUAAGGAUUAUGCACAAACAAUUGUUUGAUAAUUGUUAGAAGGUAAUAUUUUGUAACUUAGAAAGCUGGCAGAAGGGUUGCCUGGUGGGACUUGCAAUGGCUUCUUAUGAACAUGAGUCAACUUACUGAUAUCCCGAAACUUUAUACUUGUUCUCUGUAUGCAAAAUUCACGUGAUUUCCCUUAGUUUUGUUUAGACAAUUUUGAUUUCCAUGGAGAAGCAGAAUGUCAUAGGUGUGCUUUAUGUUCUCUAAAUUGAGUCUUUUCUGCCAUAUCAUCUCCGUAGGCCUCACAGUGAAUUUUUCCUGUUCUGAUGGUGUCCACAGUGCAGAGUGCUGAGAUAACGCUGCCGUCGGUUGUGGUUGUUUCAUGCUGUUGAAGCAGUCUGAUACAGCAGAGUGUAUAAAGAUGAUGCUGGUGUAGAUGUGCCGCGUUGUCCAGCCUCUGAGCUGUGCCACGCUGCCUUGCUUAGGUCUGCAGGCAAGAUUGUGCAGAUCUGUGCAACUUAGCAAUACAUUUGUGCUUUUUUGCUAAUUUAUUUUUAAUCCAGACCAAGAUCUGUGUCCGGUUAACAGUGUGGUUUCAGGAGGAGAACUGCAGACAUGGAAUGGGUGGGCUGUUUUGUGGCUAUACACUGCAGUACAAGGUGGGAAUGAGCAUCAGUGGGGCAAAAACUGCAUUAAAGCAGCCAGUUCUAAAAAAUACAAUAUCUGAAAUUUUUCUCUUGAAUUGCAUUCAUUUUAUUAACUUUGCAUUUAGAUUUUUAACAUUCAAAAUAACCAGAGCUUCUAAUAGUUCAGCUGUAACUUUUAAGUCUUUCAAAAUGUGUAUUAUCUAAGUGUAAAGUAGUACCGCUCCAGUGCAAGACUGGGUCCUUGAUGUUCAGGAGACCUCUCAGCAGAACUAAGCUGAAACUUGCUUGGAGUGAAAAGUAAGAUCAGGUGAACUUUAUGCAACUUUUGCUUUUAUUAUGUGAGUUUGGACCUUUGUGGUGUCAUUAAGUAGUUCAUGGAGAUGCACUGGAGGAUCUUGUGUGGAGUUGGAUAGAGAAUUUGUAUCAUGUUACAAAAGUAAUCUUGUCACGGUAACAUGACAAUGUGAUCUUCAGCCUUUUGUUUAAAGCAGCUCUUUAGUCUUUAGUGAAAGAUAGUUCCCCCGAGUACUGUCAGCUGGCUUUGACUUUCUAAAGGGUAAAACAUCGAACACUAAUCAGCAAACAUAAUACUAUUUCUGAGGCAUAAACUGGCACCAUAUUUAUUAGAAAAAGUAGAAAACAAAAACAUAAAACCAAAUAAACACUCCAACAACCCAUCAGUUAUAAACUUUGCCUGCUUUUGCAUAAUCUCUGUUCUAGAGGGAAGGUUCCAACAGAAAGCAGAUUCAUCUGUAUCUGGAGUAACUCUCAAAUUGUUGAGCAAGCCAGGAUUGUCUAAUUUGCUUAAGGAAAAGAAAAUAAAGUGUUCAUAUGUUGCCUUUAACCAGCAUUUCAAUGCUAAGCAUUUUUUGUAGCACAGCAGUCAGUAUUUUGUCUGGGCAUAUUUGGUGUCUUCAUGUUUCCACCUCGACAACAAAGAUGGAAGGUUGAGUCUUAAAAAGGAACCUUUUAUAGCAGUUAAACAUAACUUGACAUCAGUAAAGGUCAGAUAUUUAUGGCCCAAUCCAGCAAGAUGCUAGGGAUUUCUUGAUUACAUGUAGUGUCUGUGAAAGUCUGCAGAAAUGAAAAUGACUCAAUUAGCCUGGAAGGACUUGCUAGCCUUUAGGAUUUUGUCCUAAAAUAGCUAAUGUGUGGUGUGAGCUGAGACCUUAUACCAUCUUAAGUUUUUUUCUGCAAGAAAGUCACAAGGAAGACAUGGGUGCUUCUAUAUCUGAAGGGAGCUUUUCUGUCUGGUGCUGCAGACAGUAGCAUAAGCUUAAACCUUGUUCUCUGCCAAAUGUGGAAUAGUAGGGAGGUUAGCAGCAUGUGCUUUGCAUUUAUGUCUAGAGGUGCAUUAAUGGAAAAAUCUUCCAGCUAUAUGGUGUUUCUGUCUGGCCAAUACAUAAAAUAUAAAAAACGCAGUAGCAUGUUAAACAGCAAAGCAAGGGACUUGAUGUGUUUUGUUUAUGUUUGAAUUGUGUGCAUGCUUUUCUCUGUUUCUUUAUAGUUUAGACCUCUAGAAUGGUUUAUGGAUAUAUUGGGCAUGUUACAGCACUUUUUCAGAAAACAAUAGCAUAUGCAGAAUAUUGCCCAAAUGCAGCUUUUGCAGCUGAAAGCUGAACAUAUGAUUGUACGUGUGUACAUCUUAAACAUUUUUCUUAUAAUUUCUUUUGCCCUACAGAACUGUUUUUUUCCCCCUCCAUACUUAACUAUCUGCUUGUGAAGGAAAUGGGGUGACAGUGCUAUUACUAGUUUAACUAAACUACUUGCAGUCAUUUUUUUCUUAACUUGAAGGGAUAACUUGCCCUAGUUUUACUGCCUCAUCUUAAAACAUUGUUGCAUAUGUGUAAUGGGAGAAGUUACAAAAAGCUUUUUGGAGCUGUUGUGAUAGCCAGUGAAAUCUAGUCAAGCUUUUACUGAGUUCUCAGUAAAAUCUUAGUAAUAUUUUCAUCUUGACAUGGAAAGUAUGUUUUUGUGCUUGAAACCUUAAGAAGUUGCACGUCUCUUUAGAGAAGUCUUCUCAGCUCCAUUUGUGAUAAUUUAAAGUAUUUUUUUCCUUCAUAAAUACCAGCUUAAUCUCUUCCUGGAUUUAGUGUAAAAGUGACUGAUCUAAAUGGUCAUGCACUGCUCUAUCCAAGUGAUAUCAAAGAAGAAAGGUUUUUGUAUUUUUCCCCGAUUUCAACCUAAGGAAUUGCUCUGCCAAGGACCUGGGUAACCCUGGGAGUGGCUUUACUGUGGUAAUACUAAGAGAUCUGAGGCAGAUCGCUGUUGUUCUGCCAGAGACUAGCCUGGAUCUGGCUUACUGUCUUGGCCUGUAAGUUGUCAGGUUUUCGCUUAUCCAUUUAUUCUGGUUGUUACCACAAAACAUGGUUUAUGAGUGACCAGUUGACCUGCUUUUCAGUUUCCUAAAACACUAUUGUAAUGUAAUACUUGGCUCUGCUUUUUUUAGGAAGCUGGAUUCUAGAUCUAGAUGGUGUAUGGCUACUGGAAAGUAUUAAGAGCUAUGUUAGAAAGAUAUUUUGCACCUAAUUAAAACAGGUUUUGUUCUGUGAGUUAACAGUGCAAGAGCAGGAGGAGUAAAAUCAAAGCAGCAGUUCUCAGAACUGGGAAGUGUGCAUGUAUAUGUUUGUUUGACAAAAAUAAGGAUUUGGAAAAUAGUUCAUUCCCUUUGCAAAUGCAGAAAUCACCAGGCUUUGGCAAGAAGGGGUUACCUUGUGCUGUUAACUUUUUGAAUUAAGCCACUUUGUACUAUCUAAAGUCUCACCUUGAAUAUGAGCAACAAUGGUUUACAUCAGUGUAAAAGGUGAAACCUUUGGGGGAAGGUUCUCUUACACAUUUUCUCAUCUGUUGGAUGUCAUUAAUUUCCUCUCUAUUUUGUUGUCUGCCAAGAAGAUUUUUCUGGUGGCUGCAGGUCACUAGCAGAUGACCAGCAUUCCAGUGCUUCUGUGGAAGCACUGUGGAUUCUGUUAGGUGUUGUAUGUUGUUUGGCUUUUAUUAUUCCUACUAUAUGGGUGUGAAAGUAUUUACAAAUAUUAGAGAAAUAUGGCAGAAAGUAAACAAGAAUUUUCUUCCCAGCUUAAGAUCAGAACCGAGAGCUGUCUCUGGCAAGUUGUUUAGACAUUCACCUCACCCAAUCACUGGGACUCUUGUGCAAUCUCAGCCUCCUGUUGCACUCCUGGGGGAGCCUGGGUGUGAGGAGCUGGAGUUAGUCAGACCUUCCUGGGCUCAGGCCAGUCUUUCCCAUUUCCCGAUCCCUUCCCCACGUUCCUGAGAUGCUAAUCACUGACCUGCCCAGGAAGUACGGCUGUCGCUCAUCUCCUGACUCACCUUAUCUUCCAGCUUUUCUAUCCUCCACCUACUGAUUUCCUCCCCUUCUUCUACCCUCACCUCUCUAAAAAUGCAAGAAUAGCCCUUGGGCAGACCAGGUGCACUGUCAUGUUCUGGCAGUGCAUGAGAUCUGUUUUCUCUGCUUGACUAAGUCAUUACUGUUGUAGGAAAAGGUUUCGUGGUCUAAAGUAUUUCCACAUACUGAACCUUGCAGGUGUUUUCUGCCUAUUUUAUUAUAUAUGCUUCAUACAAAUAUCUAAAUGGCUUUGGAGUUUGUUGGCUUCAUGUACAACAGCAAGUACAUCUAAGCUCAAAAUUAUUUUUCCAAAGACACAGUGGCAUUUAAUUUGCAUUAAAACUGUUGGUUACUUGGGUUCAUAAACUGUAAAGUGUAUUUCUAAAAAAAAUUCUGAUUUUUUUUAAUUGAAACUGAAAAUGUCAUUUUAAAUAAAACAAAUGGGAGAUCUGUCAUGGAAAGCAGUAUUGGUAAUGGGAUCAUGAGUCAGAGUUAUCAUCAGAGGUGGUGCUUAUUGGGAAGCAUGCUUAAGAGGUGCUUUUGAGUACAGAUAACUACCUACUAACCUAACUUACUAAUAUCAAGAACUAAAUGUGAACUUUGAAGUCAGGUGCUAGCAGAUGUUGAGCAUGCUUUGUGAUCAACACCAUUAUGGAAGUGUAAAAAGGACUAUAAAAAAGGUCGGGUGUUCUUCUCUCCGGUCAUCUGGGUGAUUCUUCAGCUGCCAGAAGUGUUUCUGGCAAAAGCCACUUCAGGAUGGUCAGGGAAGGUGAUGGGUUAAUGCUCUUGGGGUGAGAUGAUGAUAGAUUUUUCUUUAGCUUGCUUCAUCAAAAAAAGGAACAUAAAUGGUUUAUGCAAAAGAAUGCGCUUCUAGAAGCUAUUUUGGUGCUUUGUUCAGCAGUCUGAAGUCUAAAUGUGAGGUUUUUGUUGGCGUCAUUCAGACAGCUCUAGCAGUCUUGCAGUGACUGGCUGCACUUGUCCCCGCACAGGAAGCGUGAGGGGUUUUCCUUGCCAGCUCAGAACCACUCACUGAAUCACCUUCAUCAGCUGAGCCUGAGUCUGUAACCAGUUCUUGGUCAGCCUUGUCUAAUUUAAGUGUUGAAGUCGUAUUUGAGUCUGAGCAGUGCAGCCUGAUAUCCUUUCUAAAACAUGUCAAAUGUUCUUAACACUCAGGAUUUCAAUCUUUCAUGCUUGUCUUAUGAAAUAAUAUGCUGCCAGAUGUUUUAUCCUGCACCUAGGACAGUCUUCUGUUUCCAAUCUGACAUUCCACAGCACUUGUGAGGCUUUAAAUUCUAGGCAGUUUACCAGUGCAUGCUGUUAUCUUUUGCAGUGAUUUAUGUCUUUUCCUGUGCUUUGAGUUGUAUAUUGCUAAUAGCAGAAAUGUGGAAAAAUGGAAGCUGGGACUGCUUGUCAGUAAUACAUUUGCAGUGCCAAGCAGUAGUCAAGAAUUUCUCAUCUUGUGUAUGUUCUUUCUUCUUUUUACUGCCUUGAAGGAUGCAAGUCUGCACAAAUGCCUAAGUGCUUCCAAAUUUGCUUUUGCAGUAACUCUUAACCCUAUGUUAUUCCCAACUUUGUGAAGAAGUACACUGCUAAAAAGUGUAUUUGAAUUGCUUUUAACAAAUGCUACCAACACAUUUCUUUAAAUCCUUUGCAUUGUGGCCCCUGUACACUUUGAUAGCUCUUCAGUAGUAAGAUUCUGAGGACAAAAGUUUAUCUGGUUUUCAUCAGCAUGUAUAUGUACAUAAUUAGCAUUCUGUUAACUGUUGGGCUUUGAGCUGUUACGGUUCUUCUGGCAUGUACUGAGCACCUGUUGAUCACUCAGGUUUUGAAGUAUCUUAUUGCAGAUGUUGGUAUAUGAACUGGAAAAUACUUUGCUAAGUGAAAGCACUGUGCUCUUGAGGCAUACUGAAGGAGCACGUUUGUUAAACCCGAUCUUAAAGGCCAUUUCAUGGUAUUCAAAAGCAAAUGCAUACUUUUAAGUUUGAUGUUGUUUUUCUUCUUGUAGUAUUUGAGAAGAAUUUGUGUGUUUAUCAGUCAUGAAAGAAUUUGUUUUCCUGUACUGUGUCCACAACUGUUUGCAGUACAUACCUAAAGAAAGGGAAAUAUACAAAAGUAAUUAUACCAGGAAUUGAACACACAGUACAGGUAUAAUUAAAUUCAAUGGGCGAUUUUAAACUUGGUGAGAUUAAGUUACAAAACCAGCUAGUUGCUUUGUGAGCACAGUGGUACUGGCUGGCUACAGAGUCUGAAUUACUAAAUAAUUCUGCAGUAUCUUAUGGUAAGGCAAAUGAAACAUGGAUUUUGUGUAAUUAUGUGUCUUGAUAUUGGUACUUACAAAUUGUUAUCUAAAUAUAUAUCACAUUUUAGAAGGACUUAGUGAAAGGAUGUAAUAAUCUAGGAAACAAGCUAAUUAAUCACAAGAAUCCAUAGUUGUAUUAGAUGAUUGUAUCAUAUUUAGUUCUAGAAUUCUUGUUGAUUCUUGAUAGUACAGUUUUUAUGGAAGCAAGUUAGACUGAUAAAGUACUUAUGUCAGGAAACUUCUCAUAUAUUCCCUACCAUAAUUUGAAUUUAAAAUGUGGCUAGUGUGGAAACUGAUGUAUUAUAAAGCAUGAUUUUUAUUACAUAUAGCUUGAAUACCAUAUAAUAUCCUGCUGACGCUGUUCUUGUGUAAACUUGAUUAGUUCCUGAAUUUUGAAGUGCUUUAAUCCACAAAAACAAAUAUUUGACUUUAUCAAUUAAAAUACAGCAGUCCAAUGAGAACAGAAUUACUUUAGUUAGAUUUUUUCUUCUCUACUUGAGACCCAUGCUUCUGCACAGUCAUGUUUCCAGGACUUGAUGCUGUAGUGUUGGUAGUCUCCAAAGCCUUUUUCAGUGCUUCCCCUCAACAUUAAAUAUACACUGGGAGCUACUAUAUUGGUCAAUAAUUGCUAGAUUCAGCAAACCAAAGAUUCCUACAAAAACACGGUCUUUGUGGUGGAAAAAUCAAAAUAACUUCUCAGGGCAGGGCAAUGCAGAUGUUUUCUGUUUUGGAGGGUAUCCUGGCUGUUCUCUGUGUAACCUGUAGGACUUGAAUAGACUGGAAAAACGUGACUCUUUGGAAUGGAUUAGCCCUGGUGUCAGGGGCACUACAGACCUACUGCUGCAGCUUAAACCUCCAGAGGUAUCUGUGGCAAAAGAGCUAAAAUUGCGUAAAUCUCCCCUGGUCUGUGCCCAAAGCGUUAGCUGUUUACUUGCUCUGCAGUGGCCAUGGGCUUUGCAAAGCAUCUCUUCUGCUUCUUCCUCGGGUAGCCAAGAGUUCCUCAUUACAGUUGUUUGAAGCACACAUUUUUCUAGCUGUGCUAUCAAGGGGUGGCAUAAGCACACAGGGCUUGUAUGGGGAAGAACACUUUUCUUCCAGCAAAUUGAUGUGACCCAGUGGGCCCCUUGGUGUUAGUUUUUGACAGUCAGUGUCACAUUCUGCUUCCCAACAGCUGAAGGCAAAGUCUCUGCAAGAACAACAUUUCAGAAUCCUCUAAGGACCCAAAUCCCAUUCUGUUGGUGAACCAAGGUUGUAGGGAUAGGCUGUCAGCAAAUAGACUUUGCUCUUAAAGUUGGUGUUGUGCUAACUUCUACAAACUAUGCUAUUUUAUUUUUUUUAAGAUUAAUUAGGCUUGACAUGGGAAAAAAUGAACUUGAGUGUUUUUUGUAACAAAUGGAGAUCCUGUUUUGACACUGCUUUUGUCUGUGGAGGUCUGAUUUGAGAUUUGGCCUUCAAUGAGCAACCUGAGUUCCAUUUAAAGCAGAGUUCUGUGGGGGAAGGGAGAAUGACUUCAUUGUAGGCGAGCCACUGCUUUUGCUAUUUUGCUGUGUCCCUUUUUUUUUGUCUCAGCAUUGGGUUGCAACCACAGAGUUCAAGGCAUGAUCGUUUUCAGAUGAGAGGAUAGGGGUAGGUCUUUAGCAGAGCAAGGCAGAUUAGAAGUGUAUCUAACCAAGUGAAAGAGGACUCGACAGUGCCUGAAUAUCCAAUAUGUGGAACUUGAGAUAUGUUGAGUACCUGUUGCUAGUAACUAAGUCUGGCUUCUGAAGCAGCUUAGAUAUUUGUCUAUAACCGUCAGUCUUGCCUUACAGCACUAUGUAAUAAUGUAUAUCUGCAUGGCAAUAAAGGACUAGAUCCAAUGUACUGGAGAAAAUAAGAACUUGACCAGUUUGAUACUUGCUUUAAAUAACAACUUAAUCUGCAUGUACAAUGCUAUGUGGUUGACAAAACUUGAUUUGAUACAGUUGAAAUGGGUUCUGUUGUGGUUUAAAAAAGUACAUACAAUAAUGGCGACUAAUCUGUUCUAACUUAAAGCUGCCUUCAAACACACAGGGUAUGUACUCUCUGCAGAACUUACUCCAGUCUCCACUGCCCUUGGCAUCAGUCUCGGGAAUAUGUUUAACAAAGUGUGUGAGUAGUUUCACCCUGGCAUAGUUUCAUUCUAGGAAGACUUGAGAGGAAGCAGAACAACAGUGGCUACUUAUUCCCAUAUUUGGUAUUGUUCUAGGCAAAAAGAACAUCCUUCUUCACUAAAAGCGAGGGAUGAUACAGAGUUUCUGGGCAAUUUAACCUUCUUCAAACCAUGGGUUAAUCUUGAUGGGGUCUAUUUUCUUUGUAGAUGUGUCCAGUGCAGUUUUCUACAUGGAGUUAUAGUGAUGUUAAGCAGUUAGGUGGCACUAAUGGAAUGGAUUAAAAUAAGUGGGCUUGCAGCUUCACAAUACUAGAGGUUUGUCUUUAAAUAGCUACAAGUCCUUUUUCUACAGCAGAGCUUCCAUUGGUCUAUACGUUAGUAGUGGUGUGUAAAGAAUUGGAAUUACUGGAGGUUACAAAGUACUUCUAGUGAAAAGAACACUGAUCCUUUAAUUGCUGAUAGUGGAAGAGGGCAGAACAACUAGAACACCAAUGUCAGCUGCACCUCCUUGCUUGCUCAUUGUUUUCUCUUUCUUGAGACCUGUACUAGAAUGGGCUCAUGUUGUAUUCUGUAUUCCCAGUGCAGAUUUGGGGGUGGGAGGGGAACCCCAAGCCCUAAAUCUGAUUUCUUAAACAGUCACUGAUAAAUACUGAGGAAGCCUAAACCUGAUUUCUUAAACAGUCACUAAUAAAUACUGAGGGAGAGGCAAAUACAAUGUAGUUCAGAAAGGCAUUGCGUUUACUAGAAAUGUACUCCCUACUUCCUGCUGCCUUACCUGCUCCUGUGCAAUUCACCUGUAAAAAUACAAAUUAAUUCUGUGACAGCAGAUUUUGAUCUUCAGUUUAGAAGUCCUGAGCUUGACCUCUUCUUGUUCUUAAGUAUUGCAACUAAAAACUUCCCAUGCUGGGAAAGAAAUGUCUGAAAACCACCCAGAGAAGCAGAACAUAAUACAAAACUCUUAAGUCCCUGUUUCAGUGACAUAGGGUAAGUUUAUAGACUUAACGUCUUUUCCAGUCCUGAAAGCUGCUUUUGUGGAAAGCAAUUUAAGAGCUGUUUAUUCUGAAAACAGUCUUAACUGUGUGAAAGAUGACAGGUGCUGAAGCAAGUAUUAUAUAUUUGGCUGUAUUGACAGUACAGCCUGUACCCUUAGUUUAUAGGCAGAUACGUCAUAAACUUUUGUUGUUGCGAAGGAUGUUCUGAUGAACCUGUACUGAAGGUAGUAGUUUGAAUGUAAUAGAGAAGCAUGUUGUUACCACAAUUAAUGAAUUAGUCAUGAAUAGCUAUUUAGCCUGACACACCUGGAGAGUGUUCACCUACUGAAAUCAGGUUUUCUUUUGUUCAGAUAAUUUCUUAAUGGUAGAGGCUGAGGCAUUUCUGCACCUGAGGCCAUUAGGUAACUUUUUCACCUGACUUGUCCAGUACGUGGGUCUGUUCUCAGACCAGAAUACAUUUAAACUUGAAAAAGCAGUUAGCAGGCUUAUCCUGCUACUGUUUGGUGGGAUUGUCUUUGUGCUGAGUGUGGCUAGAUCCAGCCUGGGACUGCAGGGGACAAAGCAAGUUUGAUUGUAAACCUGCCCGUUGUGGUUUGUACUGGAUCUCUGAUACUCAAGAACAGUUAAAUAGCUCAUAACUUAUUAUGGGGGAAAAGCGACUUUAAUAAAAAAUAUCAGUGGUAACUUUCUAUUGCUCUAGACUGCACUUAAGACUUUGUGGCAUUCUUCCUAGUCUGCACUUCAAAAUUUGUAGCUGGAGAGUCAGUAAUUGGACUGUUAACUACCUGUUGAGGUAGCUAUGGUUGUGAAUUUUACAUCUGAAGCAGACAGUAUUUUGAAAGAAUAUCCAUUUUUAUUUCAGAAUUAUUUUACCUGGAGACUACAGUUGAGAUCUGAAAGUUAGAAGUCAAGGUUAUUCCCUUCCCCCGCCUGGAGUUUGAAAGUAAUUAGUCACUCUGCUCUUUACAGAUGUGGAGUGGUAGGCUAACUCUAAAAUACUAAUCCUGCUGCUGUUUGCUCAUUGAGAGUGCAGGUGUACAAACAGGAAAAGAAAAAGGGGAAGUUAAUAGCAUUUGAUUGCCAAAACAAAAAAGCACCCAUUCAGUAGCUAAAAUUAUGUUCAAGCUGGUAACAGGAUACAGUGAACAAUGAAGAAUGUUUUUUGCAUUCUGUAGCUAAAUGUGUCCUUUUAGGGCUUGUUUUGCAAUUACUUUUGACCAAUUGAAACUCUUGAGGUGGGUAGAAGUCUACCUCAUUUAAAUGAACCCACUUUUUUGGCAUGAUGUCUUCAUGAGAUGCCUAGUAACUUUUUUCAUUAUUGGUAUUUUUGAAGACUUGGGAGUAUACUUAAGAACGGAACUACUCAGAUUUUAUUUUUAUUUUCUUUUUUUUUUUGGUCAGGGCAAGUCAGGACAUGGCAGCAAAGGCCACUACAGAUACCACUGGCAGAGCCACAAUGUCAAGCACAGUGGUGUGGACGAUAUGGUCCUUCUUUCCAAAAUCACAGAGGAUUCCAUAGUGGAGAACUUGAAGAAACGAUACAUGGAUGAUUAUAUUUUUACAUAUAUUGGCUCUGUUUUAAUCUCUGUGAAUCCUUUCAAGCAAAUGCCAUAUUUUGGGGAAAAGGAAAUUGAAAUGUACCAAGGAGCAGCACAAUAUGAAAACCCACCACAUAUUUAUGCUCUUGCAGACAGCAUGUACAGAAACAUGAUUAUUGACAGAGAAAAUCAGUGUGUCAUUAUUAGUGGGGAAAGUGGUGCUGGAAAGACUGUAGCUGCUAAAUACAUCAUGAGUUAUGUCUCAAAAAUUUCAGGAGGUGGUCCUAAAGUACAGCAUGUUAAAGAUAUUAUUCUACAGUCCAACCCUUUAUUGGAGGCCUUUGGGAAUGCAAAAACUGUGCGGAACAACAACUCCAGCAGAUUUGGGAAAUACUUUGAAAUCCAGUUUAGCCCAGGUGGAGAACCAGAUGGAGGGAAAAUCUCCAACUUCCUACUGGAAAAAUCUCGUGUUGUAAUGAGGAAUCCUGGAGAGAGGAGUUUUCACAUUUUUUACCAGCUAAUUGAAGGGGCCUCCUCAGAACAAAAAAGCAGUCUUGGAAUUACCAGUAUGGACUACUAUUACUAUCUGAGUCUCUCUGGGUCCUACAAAGUUGAUGACAUCAAUGACAAACUGGAUUUCCAAGAAACACUGCACGCAAUGAGUGUGAUUGGGAUCUUUGCAGAGGAACAGGCAUUGGUGCUGCAGAUAGUGGCAGGAAUACUGCAUUUGGGAAACAUCAGCUUCAAAGAAGUUGGCAACUAUGCAGGAGUGGAGAGUGAGGAGUUUUUGGCUUUUCCUGCUUUUCUCCUUGGAAUUAACCAGGACCGCCUAAAAGAAAAACUGACCAGCAGACAGAUGGAGAGCAAGUGGGGAGGCAAAUCUGAGUCUAUCAACGUGACGUUAAAUGUGGAACAAGCCUGCUACACCAGGGAUGCACUGGCCAAGGCCCUUCAUUCCCGUGUUUUUGAUUACCUGGUGGAUUCUAUUAAUAAGGCUAUGGAGAAGGACCAUGAAGAAUAUAACAUCGGUGUCCUUGAUAUUUAUGGCUUUGAAAUAUUCCAGAAAAAUGGUUUUGAACAGUUCUGCAUCAAUUUCGUUAAUGAAAAACUACAGCAGAUUUUUAUUGAACUGACACUGAAGGCAGAACAGGAAGAAUAUGUGCAAGAAGGAAUUAGAUGGACUCCAAUUGAUUACUUCAACAACAAAAUCGUGUGUGACCUUAUAGAGAACAAAGUGAAUCCCCCAGGGAUUAUGAGCAUUUUAGAUGAUGUGUGUGCUACAAUGCAUGCAGUGGGAGAAGGAGCUGACCAAACACUGCUUCAGAAACUUCAGAUGCAGAUUGGGACUCAUGAACAUUUCAACAGCUGGAACCAGGGAUUUAUCAUUCAUCAUUAUGCUGGAAAGGUAUCUUAUGAUAUGGAUGGAUUCUGCGAGAGAAAUCGGGAUGUUCUUUUCAUGGACUUGAUUGAACUCAUGCAGAGCAGUGAUUUGCCUUUUAUAAAGGCUCUAUUUCCUGAAAAUCUUCAAGUGGACAAGAAGGGCCGUCCUACCACUGCGGGCAGUAAAAUCAAAAAACAAGCAAAUGACCUUGUUGGCACCCUGAUGAAGUGUACGCCCCAUUACAUCCGCUGCAUCAAACCAAAUGAAACAAAGAAGUCUCGAGACUGGGAGGAGAGCAGGGUAAAACAUCAAGUGGAAUACUUAGGUCUGAAAGAAAACAUUCGCGUAAGAAGAGCUGGCUAUGCCUACAGGCGGGUGUUCAAGAAGUUUUUGCAGAGGUAUGCCAUUCUGACCAAAGCAACCUGGCCUUCCUGGAAAGGAGAAGAGAAACAAGGAGUUCUCCACCUGCUUCAGUCAGUCAACAUGGAUCCUGACCAGUACCAGCUUGGGAAAUCCAAAGUUUUCAUCAAAGCUCCAGAGUCUCUGUUUUUGUUAGAAGAAAUGAGAGAGAGGAAGUAUGACGGGUAUGCCAGGGCCAUCCAGAAGGCAUGGAGGAAGUACGUGGCCAGGAAAAAAUACGUACAGAUGAGAGAAGAAGCAUCAGAUCUAUUGCUUAACAAGAAAGAGAGAAGACGGAACAGCAUUAACAGGAAUUUUGUGGGAGAUUACAUAGGGAUGGAGGAUCGUCCAGAGCUACGCCAGUUUGUGGGCAAACGGGAGAAGAUCGAUUUUGCAGACACUGUAACUAAAUAUGAUAGACGGUUUAAGAGCGUGAAGCGAGAUCUUGUCCUCACUCCGAAGUGCAUAUACCUGAUUGGGCGUGAAAAGAUAAAGCAGGGUCCAGAGAAAGGCCAAGUGAAGGAAGUCUUAAAGCGAAGGAUGGAAGUGGAGAGAAUUCUUUCUGUUUCUCUAAGUACAAUGCAGGAUGACAUUUUCAUUCUACAUGAACAGGAAUAUGAUAGUUUGCUUGAAUCGGUCUUCAAAACAGAGUUUUUAAGCCUCUUAUCAAAACGAUACGAAGAGAAAACACAAAGAAAGCUACCUCUGAAAUUUAGCAAUACACUUGAAGUGAAGCUGAAGAAGGAGAGUUGGGGGCCCUGGAGCAGUGGUGGUUCUCGACAAGUGCAGUUUAUGCAAGGCCAAGGAGAUAUAGCCAUUCUCAAGCCAAGUAAUAAAGUGCUGCAGAUCAGCAUCGGACCAGGGCUACCAAAGAAUUCCCGUCCUACUCGACAGAACCGUACACAAAGCAGACAGUAUUCCAACAGGUCUCAAAGUCAGACUUACCCUAUGAGAGCUGCACCGCCUCCUCCUGGUCAGCAGCUAAACGGAGUAAUAAAUCCCCCCCAGUUCGUACAGCUUCCCCAGGGCUCAGGAAAUCAACGGGCCAGUCAGAAAAACCUGUAUGCAAAUAUGACACGACCAACUUUACCACGGCAACUUUCAGGAGGCUCAAGCAAGAUUUCACAGCAACCAGAAAGCUUGGAUUUCCUUAAAGUACCUGACCAAGGAGCAGCCGGUGUUCGCAGGCAGACAACAAACCGCCCCCCACCAGCUGGAGGAAGGCCUAAACCACAGCCAAAACCUAAGCCUCAGGUACCACAGUGCAGGGCACUGUACGCAUACGAUGCUCAGGACACAGAUGAACUUAGCUUUAAUGCCAACGACGUGAUCGAUAUAAUUAAAGAAGAUCCUUCUGGCUGGUGGACAGGAAGACUACGAGGGAAACAAGGUCUGUUUCCAAACAAUUAUGUCACCAAGAUUUAAAAGACUGUCAGGCAAAAAAAAAUCUGCAUGAAGUUACCAGUGGUUCAAGAUGUUUUCCUUUGCCAUCGGGACACUGUUCAAGAUCUGCUAUUCUCAGCAGUAUUUUCACCAGUAAAGUUGUAUAUGAGCAGGAAGAAAAGUACCCGCUGUACAGACUUUGAUCUUUUGUCUCAGAAGCACACAGCAGUGGACAUACUACCAAUUAUUUAUUAUAUUUAAAACCUGGUUUUAACACCUAGUAAGUAAGGAAUAUUCAAAGCUACUCUCUUCCUGAAACAGAAAGGUGCUUUGCAGUCUGGGACCAGGGACUUUGAAAGGGGUGUAUUUAGUAAGUGCCUUCAGCUGAAUAUCAGUAACCUUUUUAAUUAUGGACUGAAGAUAAUGUUAAAUGCACAUUUCCUCCAAUGAAGAUGAUUCUGGGGAACACGUUAAGUAUGCUGCUACAUGUCAAAAAGAUUUAGGCGCAUAUUACCAUCUAAAACCCUACUGUAAAGGUAUAUUUAAGUAAUUGUGUCCAGAGUUGUAAUGGAACUGGUUUAUGUUUGCUGAAGUGUUCAGGGGCUCCAACAGACACUGUAAGAAGUUAAAACAGAAAACCAUGCAGUGCUACAUGCUAAACAAUGUUGCCUUCUUCAAGAUUUAUAUUAUAAUAUGGCUGGCCCAUGUUGGAUUUAUGUUUGAUGCUCUACUUGUUAUAAGAAGUGUCUUUAUGCAGAGCUGUACAUUUAUAGAAACAGAUCAUAUACUGUAUAUAAAAACUGAACAUGAUAGAAAUAUGUAUGAAUGUAUAAUGUAGUAUUCCACUGUUCUUAUUCAUGAAGUAGUUCUACUAGGAUUUUUAUGCCCGGUACUUACAGAUAUGCACUACUCCUUUUAUAUGGCAAAAGUGUUACUGCUUAAGUCUGACUGCCUCCCACACCAGAGUGGCUGUUGCUUGCCAUACAGUUUAUCAGCAUUCAUGCUUUGCCUUCUGAACCUCCAUAAAAUAAAACACAAGAAGCAGUUAGCUGAA